CCCCGUGAUGCUGCCCCUUCUGAGCCGGUUAGCGUGCUUGUGGAUUUGCACCGCAGCCACCGCCGCAGACGCGGAGGAACGAGGCCCCAGGCGGGGCAUCAUCUUCGCAGGGAAGAGCGUAGCGUCCUCCCGGGAAUUGCUUCCGGAGCCUCCGCGCCUUGUGCGUAAAAGCGCUUUACGCGCGGAUGUUGAGCUGCUGCCGCGUGGAAGUAUCCCGGGAGACUCCGCUCCCAGCACCAGGGGACACCGGGAAAGAGAUGUGCGGCUUCACCGCCGAGCCGCCGCCGCCGCUUCCGCCGCCUGGGAGGGUCUAUCCCGGGUUAUGGCGCAGGAACACGACAUCGGUUCCCCCGCGGUGGAGUCUAACGUCACCGACUACAAUGAGGAGAUCUUUACCCUGCCCAACUUCACCGACGACCCCCCUUUCAUACCCGGGACCCCACGCACCAGACUCAAGCCCGUGAAGAACCCUUUCUACCCGCCCGGCGCGGAGGCGUACGGAGCUUACGCGCUGCUGGUGGCCGCCAUGCUGAUCUUCGGUGCGGGGGUGCUGGGCAACGUGUCUCUGAUGUGCAUGGUGUGUCAUAACUACUACAUGAGGAGCAUCUCCAACUCGCUGCUGGCCAACAUGGCGCUCUGGGACUUCACGGUCAUCUUCUUCUGCCUCCCGCUGGUCGUCUUCCACGGACUCACCAAAGACUGGCUGCUGGGGGGCUUCUCCUGCAAGAUCGUUCCCUACCUGGAGGUGGCGUCUCUGGGGGUCAGCACCUUCACGCUGUGCGCCCUGUGCAUCGACCGUUUCCGCGCCGCCACCAACGUACGCACGUACUACGAGAUGACGGACAACUGGGCGUCCACCGCCGCCAAGCUGGCCGUCAUCUGGGUGGGCGCUUUGCUGCUGGCGCUGCCCGAACUCCUGAUUCGCCAGCUGGAGACGUACGAAGACGAUACCGCCGAGUCGGCGGCGGCGGUGCCGCCGGAGCGUUGCGUAGUACGCGUCUCCACACGCCUCCCGGACACGCUCUACGUGCUGGGGCUCACGUACGCCGGAGCGCGUCUGUGGUGGUUCUUCGGCUGCUACUUCUGCCUCCCGACGCUCUUCACCAUCUUCAGCUCGCUAGCCACCGCCCACAAAAUCCGCAACGCCAAACGGGAUUGCGCCCGCGGCACCGAGAAGCAAAUCCGCCUGGAGAGCCAAAUGAACUGCACCGUCGUCGCACUCGCCAUCCUGUACGGAUUCUGCACCAUCCCGGAAAACGUCUGCAAUAUCGUGGCGGCGUACAUGGCGGCCGGCGUUCCCCGUCGGACGCUCGACAUCCUGGAACUCGUGAGCCAGAUCUUCCUCUUCUGCAAGUCGGCGGCGGCGCCGCUUCUGCUCUUCUGUUUGUGCGAAACCUUCAGCCGCGCCUUCGUGGAUUGUUGUUGUUGCUGCUGUAGAGAGUGUGGCUCCGCCCCCUCCGCGGGCGUCGAUGACGAGGUGCACUGCGACGCCGCCGCCGUCGCGGAGACAUCAGACACCUACGCCACGGUGGGGACGCACUGCUGAGGAGGUGGGACUUCCUGUGCUUGAUGCACGGAUGGCGCUGGCAUGUUUUCACAUUACGCUGGAUUCUAAUCUGCUGGUGGAUGCUAACAUGCUAACACUGGUCACGUAAACAUCCUGGAAGUUGAUCACCGUUAGACUAAUGAGCAGUGACUUCAUGGCGGCCAUGUUGUUGGUGUUUUUUUUUUUUUUAUCAAGUUAGCGGUUGCUAGGUAACCGGGUAGCAAUCUACACUUAUUUCUUAAAUGACAAAAUGGCCGAAAUGGCGCUAAUGAGAAGAUAACGCCAUCUACAACGCAUCAUGUCACUGCUGUCAUUUUUGUCAUGUGACUACUUAGCUGUCAUGUGACACUUUAGCAAUAAAA